AUGAGUUCGGCGGCGCCCAGGAGGAGCUGGCUGACGGUGCGGGCCAUGGACGUCGUCACCUCUGCGGCCGCCCUGUCCCUGCUGUUCGGCUGCGUGGGCCUCCUCGGCCUCCUCCUCACGCUGCGGCAGCGCUCGCGGAUGAAGGCCCACCUCCAGGACGCCGUGGUGGUCAUCACGGGCGCCACCUCGGGCCUGGGGCGAGAGUGUGCCAAGGUCUUCCACGCCGCGGGCGCGAAGCUGGUGCUCUGCGGCCGGAACAGAGAGGCUCUGGAGCAGCUCGCCAGGGAACUCGCCGCUUCGCGGGCCUCCGAGGUGCGGACACACACGCCUUCCACGGUGACCUUCGACCUGGCAGACCCCGGGGCCACCGCGGCGGCCGCCGCUGAGAUCCUGCGGUGCUUCGGCCACGUGGACGUGCUCAUCAACAACGCGGGGGUCAGCUACCGCGGCGCCGUCCUGGACACGCCCGUGGACGUGGACAAGAGGGUCAUGGAGACCAACUACUUCGGCCCCGUGGCCCUGACGAAAGCGCUCCUGCCCUCCAUGGUCCGGCGGCAGUGGGGCCACGUGGUGGCCAUCAGCAGCGUGCAGGGCAAGAUCAGCGUGCCCUUCCGGUCCGCAUAUGCAGCCUCCAAACACGCAACCCAGGCCUUCUGUGACUGUCUGCGUGCAGAGCUGGAUCAGCACGGGGUCGCAGUGACCGUGCUCAGCCCCGGCUACAUCCGCACCAACCUCUCCCUCAACGCCAUCGCCGCCGACGGCUCCAGAUACGGAGUCAUGGACGAGACCACAGCGCGGGGCCGCAUGCCGGCGGACGUGGCCCGCGACGUGCUGGCCGCCGUGGGGAGGAGGCAGCAGGACGUGGUGCUGGCCGGCCUGGCGCCUUCCGCGGCCAUCUACCUGCGCACGCUGGCCCCCGGGCUCUUCUUCCGCCUCAUGGCCUCCCGGGCCCGGAAGGAGCAGAAGGCCAAGGGCUCCUAG